CAUGUAAAUUUGUAAAAAAAAAUUACAUUUUUUAAUUGAUAUACAUAUAUAUUAUCAUGUAUAUGUUAUAUAUAUAUUAUUUAAUAAAUAUUAGUUUUUAGUGUAGGUCUUAAGCAAUCGUAAUUUGUAAUUUGUAUUUUGUAACAUUAUUCGGAAACGGCUCUGACGUUUUCUUAAUUUAACACCGUUUUAUCGUCGCCCGACAGGCCAUUCUGUGGCCGUUACGGCCAUAAUCGUUCCAUUAUUCUUCCUCAACUCUAUUAAGACUGAAAAUCGUUGUUGAAAAAAUAUGAGUCAAUCAUGUUGUCCAGUUUGCACAUUGUACUUACGCCCAGGAAUAUCUCUUCCUGUUCAUUUGCAUACACAUCCAAAAAAACAAGUCAUAAAAGCCUUAUUAACCCUAACCAAUCAAAUAUCUCCUUCAAAAUCAGACAAAUCAUCAGAAUCAGAUCAAGAAAACCUAUCAGAUGACAGUAGCUCAUCUUCAGAUUCAUCAGAAGGUGGAUACACCUUUAUUAUACCAGAUAGAGUUAAUAAUGCAAAUAAAAAUACCUUAAAUGUAUCAGAAGCGGUUAAUGAAACCAGCAGAACUAACUUCAAUAUAUCAGAUGCUGUUAAUUCUGGUCUUAAUAAUGAGGAUAGAAAUAGUCCUAACAUUUGUUCAUCACCCAAAAGCCAAAAUAGUCAAGCACUUUCAGAACUACGAGAUGCUCUUGAAGAUCAUCCCGAUGAUGACAUUGAUAUUGAAGAUAACAAUGUUACUUUUGAGGAUGACUAUCCUCCAGAAUUUGAAGACCAACAAGAUUGCAGUAAUGGUGGUUUUCAAGGAGGAUCAAAUGAUUCAACUCAACAUCAUGAAAUGUCGGAAGAAACAGGCUCAUCUGUAGCAGGUCAUUUUAAUGAUCCAUUUCAAUCAAAUGGUAAUUUACUUGAAAAUGAAGAAUAUAUGUCACAUUACUUUUACUCCAGUGAAAAUGCUCGUAUAUCACAUACUGAUCCAGAUCCUCAACUUAACCCUCCUCAAUAUAGUACUCUUACUACAAUGGAGCUACAUCCAGAAUAUUUAUCCUCAAACCAUCAAGAACAUAAUUUAACUUUAGAUAUUCAAACUGAUGAACUUAUGCCAGCUCAUGGAGAAUUAUCUGGCCAAGAGAGUUUAGAACCCCCCGAACCAAUACUUGCAUCUAUAUGGACAAUGAAAAGUAGUGAUGAUAUUCUGCCUCAAACUAGUACUGCAUGGGAUGAUACUGUACAUGAAGUAAGUACUGCUGCUAGAAAUUUAAUGUGUUUAAAAAACAGAGAAGAAAUCCCUAAAGAAGAUACUAAAGAAAUAAUAGAAAAAAAAGAAGUAAAACCACUUUUAGGAAAAUUAAUUUGUCCGUAUUGCAAAUUAAAGUUCAAUGAUGUUAAGUCACGUAAAGCACAUAUUAAUGAAGAGCAUAAAAAUGAAGAAGGCGUGAAGAAAGGUUUGAUGUACAUUAAGCCAUUUACAGAAAAAAUAGAAACUGAUUUGGAUGAAUCGGAUCAACCAACUACUUUGAAAGUGGAAUGUGGCAUUUGCAAUCAACCUUUCGAAAAUUAUAUUCAUAUGACAUUGCAUUUUAUUGAUACUCAUAAAGAUAAGAAUAAUCUAUGUCCAACAUGUAACAUAGUAUUUCCUAUGAUAACAGAUUUUCGAGAACAUAUACUAAAUGUUCAUCCAUUGACAUGUAGUUUCUGUUCAAGGAAAUUUCAUUCCCAAUUUAAUUUAACCACACAUUUGAAACGUCAUCUUCAAAUUAAGCCAUAUGUCUGUGAACAAUGUCAUAAAUGUUUCGUCAGUCGUGUUAAACUUCAAGAUCAUAUGAAUGGACAUCUCAAUAUAAAACCAUACUCUUGUUCUAUGUGUGAUCAAGCUUUUAGUUGCAAAUCAAAUUUAAAUAGUCAUAUUCGUAAACAACAUCAAGCUAAUGGAACUCCAAAAGAUUUUUAUUGUCAUUGUGGAGAGGUAUUUCAUUCUUUAAAAAAGCUUGCAUGGCAUAAGGAAACUCACGAAGAUAAACCAAAACAAUGUCCAUGGUGCUCAGAACGUUUUGUACAUUUAACAUCAUUGACUAGACAUAUAAGGCGUUCACAUGAUUCAUCAUAUUUACCUACAAAAGAUCGUGAUUUUGAAAACAUGACCUGUCAUAUAUGUAAUAAUACAUUUUUACGUAAAUCUUUUGCUACUCAUAUGCUUAUUCACAAAGAUUUAAGACCUUAUUCUUGCAAUAUAUGCAACCGAUCAUUUCGGACUAAAUGGAAUUUAAGAAUGCAUCAGUGGACUCAUAUGUCACGUACGCACAAACCUUUUAAAUGUACCCAAUGCAAAAGUGCAUUUUAUCUCAAACAUGAAUGGGAAGCUCAUGUACGUGCACACAAUGGUGUUCGUCCAUUUACAUGCAAUGAAUGUGGAAAACAAUUUAUUAGGAAAAAGCAUUGUAUGAGACAUAUGGCAGAACAUGAAGAAGGCAAUCGUUCAUAUGAAUGCAAAGAAUGUGGCAAAAGGUUCCAUCGUAGUUAUUAUCUGACAGAUCACAUAAAGACACACACCGGACAAAAGCCUCAUACAUGUCAUAUAUGCGGUAAAACAACUAGCUCUAAGUCAAAUCACAACAAACAUGUCCGUACACAUCAUGCAAGAGAAACAAUAAACACUGAAGGUUAAUAUAUAGCAGUUUUAACCUACAUUAAUAAUUUACAAAACAAUAGUUUUAAGAUUUAGACUUAAGGAAUAAUUUUUAUAAACUAAAUUUUAUCUAUAGAUUGGCUGGUCCAAUAUAAUAGUGAUUUCAACAUAUUUUAUCAAUAUGUCUGCAUUUUUAUAUUCUUAUUUAUUUGUUUAUUACCAAUACUGUAGACAUUAUAUAUAUAAAUAAUAUUAUAAAUAACUUCUGAAAUUAAAAACAUAAAUAAUUUUAACCAUCAGUUUAAGUAUUUACCAUCUCUUAUAUUAAUACAUUAUUUUAAUUAUUGAAUAUGUUAUUACCAACUCAUCUUUAAUAGUGAUUUAAAUUGUACUUGACUGGGUUCUUGCAAUUUUUGUGAACAAAUGUGUGUGUUUAUAUGUUCGUGUGUAUCCUUCGAUUGUCUACUAUUAAUCAAAGCACUUGUGUUAAGUUAUUUACCUUAAGUAUUUUUAGUUAUAUGUUAGGUACCUAUGCAAUAUAUAUAUUAAGUUUAGCAUGGCGAAUAUAUUUUUUUUAUUUAUGAUAAUAUUAAUGUUAUUUUACAACUUUUGUUUUUAUAAAUUGUCGAUAUUAUUUUUAAAAUUAAAAUUAACUAAUGCAACUUGUAAAUAAAAUUAUAUUGUAAUUUUCAAUUUCUUGCAAAUAGAUGUACGUACAAAAAAUGUGUAAAUAAUUUAUAAUUUUUCAUAUUUUCCUUAAAAAUACUGAAGUUUAAAAUUAAAAUUUUUUCUGUAUUAAAUUUAUAUUUAUGUUAAAAUACAAAGCAUGUUUUAUAAUUUAUUUAAAAUUGGAAUUUACAAAAUAAAUAUAUUAUUUUUGUAGCCAUAGUUUUAAAAGUACAUGUUUAACAUAAUUAUUUAUUUAAGUAAAUAUAAUAAAAACGUUUUAAUUUUAUGAAGAUAAAAUAUAUUUUAGGUAAAUUUUCGGAAAAAUUGUAAAAUAAUGUUAUAAGUUAAUGUUUUUAAUAACCUACCCAUUGUUUGUUAUGAUUUUAUAAUUUAUUUUAUUUAUAAUAUAUCUAUUAAUUUAGAGAAUAUUAAAUUUCUUAUAAUGCAAUUUAGAAUUUAUUUAGUUUUUAAAUUUGGUUCUUUUGCAGUAGAAAAUGUAUAAGUUAUAAGAAUGUCAAAAUAUUUUAUAAUAUAUGCAAUUAUAUUAUAUUAUUUUUUAAAAAUAAUCAUAGUUUUUGUUUCAUUUUAAUAAAUUAACUACCUAAAAUUAAUUCUGAAAAUGUAUGAUAACUAGAACAUUUAAUUUAUUACCAUGCCACCUAAAGUGUAGAACAUUUAAUUAAAAAUUUAAAAAAAGGUAGGCAAUUGAAUACUGCUUUGCUGAACAUAUUGUGUCGAGUGGGUCACUGUGAUGGGUGUAGUAAAUUUAAAUUCAGUUAUAUAUCAUUGUACAACAAUUUUCAACGAAGACAGCUUAUAUCAUUCAGUAUAUAGGUAUUUUCAUAUGUUUUUAAGUACAGAUAUUAAAGUAAUUUAUUUUA